UUCUUUUCUGCACGGUCCCGGUUGUCUCUGUCGGGGGACUUCCCUGGCCCUCUGCACUCCCCCCGUCCCCGCAUCCUCCAUCCCGCAUCCCUCUUCUGCCGCUCCCCAAGAAGCAGCCCCUGGAAACCACGGCAACGGUUGCGAGUUCCCUUAGGAGCAAGGACCAUACCCAUCUGUACAUUCUUUCCUUGUGAUUCUUACAGUUCUGCGCACACAGUCUAGUUGAAAGGAAGAGGUGAGCUGUGCAGUUUUCUCCAAGUAAAGAAUGGUGGCCAGUCUGUCCUGAGGAAACUGAAGUAACUUCUCAGCCAUCCACCUCAUCAAUCAAUCGACUCAUCUACCAGUGCUCAGCUACCCCCGGAAAAAGAGCAAAAUGGCGGCCAACAAGAAUAAGAACCAGAGCUCCCUAGUCUUGCACAAAGUGAUCAUGGUUGGCAGUGGAGGAGUGGGCAAAUCCGCACUUACACUUCAGUUCAUGUAUGAUGAGUUUGUGGAAGACUAUGAACCUACAAAGGCUGACAGUUAUAGAAAAAAGGUUGUUCUUGACGGAGAGGAAGUCCAGAUAGAUAUCCUGGACACAGCCGGGCAAGAGGAUUACGCAGCCAUUCGAGACAACUACUUCCGCAGCGGGGAAGGAUUUCUUUUGGUCUUCUCCAUAACGGAACAUGAGUCGUUUACAGCCACAGCAGAGUUCAGGGAGCAGAUUCUGCGCGUAAAGUCCGAAGAGGAUAAAAUCCCCCUGCUUGUGGUGGGAAACAAAUCUGACUUGGAGGAGCGGAGGCAGGUGCCUGUCGAGGAGGCGAGAAGCAAAGCAGAAGAAUGGGGCGUGCAGUACGUAGAGACGUCCGCCAAGACCAGAGCCAACGUAGACAAGGUCUUCUUUGAUCUUAUGAGAGAGAUCAGAGCAAAGAAGGUGUCAGAAAAUAAAGACAAGAAUGGCAAAAAAAGUGGCAAGAACAAGAAAAGUUUUAAGGAAAGGUGUUGUUUGCUGUGAUUUGGAGCCGCAGAUUCAAAAGUCAGUUACCACUAAGGACAAAGAGCCGGAAGUAGGAGGAAGUCUGUCUUUGAUUGUGGGGGUAUUUUGAGGGGAGGGGGGGUGGGUGGGG